UUUUUAGUAUAUUUAACCACCGCUUAGCAGUUUUAAUGCACUAACACACUUAAAAAUCCAAAACCUUCAACUGCUUUAGGAUACAGGUGCAUGAUUGCAUCAAAAACGGAUUUUAAAGAUAAAUUUAUUAUGGAUUAUUGGAAAUAUUACAAUACAGUAACUAAAAGUCCUAUUACAUCAUCUAAUUAAAGAAUGCCUUAAUGUUCUAAUACAAUUUCAGGUUAUAAUUCUGGAAUUUAACUUGAUAUAGACUUUAGUGCAAAUUAAUAAUAUUUGGACUCAAUUUAUAUCAGUUUUAGUUUGAUUUUUCCAGGCAUGACUACUUCUUUAAAAGUGACUACUUUUUGGUAGAAUAAAUAAUAUGAUUAAAAGGAAUUUUAAAUAGCAGAUUUCCCCACUAUUUAAAAUGAUAAUUGUGGAUAUAAAUUGAGUUAAUUUUUUGUGAAUAUUCCUCUUUUAGCAGUAGCUCCAACAGCUCUGUCAACUUCUAUUAAGUUUGAAAUUUUUUAGAAUUCAAAUAUUCUGUCUACUGCUUUAACGGAUUAUGAAGUUCUUUUUUAUUUUUAGUGCCCAUAUGCCUGUACUGGUGUUUGUCCUGGAGGUGUAUGCUAAACAUGCCUAGAUGGUUACAAUUUAAAUUCAGGUAAGUGCAUGUUACAGUGUAAUCCAGGUUAAUAUCUAAAUAUUAUAGCUUCUACAGAAUAGAUUUGCUAACCUUGUAUAACGAAUUGUGAUAAAUGUUCUGAUGCAACAACAUGUGAUAACUGCAAAAAUGGAUAUGUUUAUAUGAAUAUUAAUAGUACAAAUUAAUGUAUUCAAAAGUGUUCAUAGUCUAAUUAGUAUUUAGAUUCAUAAGGUGUAUGCUAAAACUGCAUGUAAAAUUGUGAUUCAUGCUCAUAGGCUAAUGUAUGUGAUACCUGUGCUACUAAUUAUAUUAAAACUUAGUCAAAUACUUGUUAAUGUUCAGGUUAUUUAAGUGGUAAUUAAUGUCUGGCAUGCUAUUCUUCUUGUUAAACUUGCAGUGAUGGCUUAAAAACGAGUUGUAAAUCAUGUAAAAGUGGUUAUUAUCCUAUUUUAAAUACUCCUAACUAAGGUUAAUUUGAGUGUGUUUAAGUUUGCCCAAACAAUUACUAACUUUUAGAUAGCAAAUGCUAGUAAUGCAAUCUUACUAAUUAUAAGAGUUGCUUUAAUUGUCCUAGUACAUGCAGAUCUUGCUCUUCUUCAUAAAGUACAAACUGCAUAGAUUGCUUUGAUGGUAUGCAAUUAGAUGCUAACGGGAAAUGCUUUUCCAAUAAUGAUCAAAGGGAUAUCAAUUUUUAUUUUCGUAGUAAUAACAAAAUCGCAGUUGUUAAUGCUGUUUUUUCAGGAUCCGAGCCCACAAUAACUUUUGAGUUUGGACUUACUUUAAUACCAAUACCUAAUUUUUAAUGUAACCAGAUCUUUGAUCCUUCUACAAUUGCACUUUUAGGUAGUAGUAGUAGUACUUGUUCAAUAAGUUCAUCCAAAGUAAUUGUCACUUUAAGUUAAGAUACUAAUAUUAUGGCUACAGACACAAUUAAUAUCAUUAGUACAGCAUAGGUACUUAAGUUUUAAGGAGCUCAAGAUCCUAUAGAUACUAUAUAUCUAUUAUCUGUUGUUUAAGAAUCUGUCACUGGCGAAGUUACCCUUCAAUAUGACUAAGUUACAAGCUACUGCAAUGACAUUACUUUUAAAAUUCAAACUAUAAAAAACGAUGCUGGAAGAGGUUUUUUAAAUUUUAAAUGGGUAUUAGAUCAGGCACAAAAUUUUGAUUAAUAAACUGUUUAAAAUUUAAAUGCUAUAAUCCAAACCGUAAAUACUAAUUAAGGCUAAAUCUUAGUUAUACCUAAACAAACAACUCCACCAGACACAAAUUUAGCUAUAAAAUUACAAUACACAUUCAAAACUAAUUUUAGUGGCUCAACAUCAGCAGCUAGUUAUGUUAAAAGUACGAAAUAAAUUACUGUAAGCUCAAUUCAAAAUUAAUAUCCUCCCUUAUUCAGGUAUGCCGAUUUGCAAGUGAAGUUUAUGUUCUUUACUUAAGAAUGUGGUUUAUCAGGAAUAAAUUCUUAUUAAGAUAUUUAUGACAUCUAAAUAACAUCUUAAGCGUUACCUUCUCUCAACUAACAUUUAACUCAAUACAAAAGCCAAGUUUUAUAGCUCGAUAUUCCACCUUACUCAGUUCUUUCUGCCAAUAGUAAUUUAGAUAUUUAGUUGUAAAUAUUUAUAAUCACGAACUAAGCACUUACAACUACAUACAAUCUCUCAAUUCCUUAUUCGUUAUCUAAUCUUUAACUCUUCAUUUAAAAUGGGCAAGAAUAGCUAGUAGACUAUAAGAGAAAUUUGGCUCUAAUAGGAGUAGCUAGAGAUUUUGAAGUUCUUGACCCUAAUUCUCCAUAAGGAAUAUAACUCAAUUGGUCAUGCAAGGUAAUAGGCUCAUAAAACGGAGAUAAUUAAUGUUAUACUUAUAAAAAUACUCUAUUUGAAGUGCCAUAAAAUGUUUAAACUUUUACAAUUGUAGGAGGUACUUUUAACCCUUACCAAACACUAUAAUUUAAAUUCACUGGGUCUAAAGAUACAAGAUCUGCUUAGUCAGAGAUCUUAACAAUCUUCGCUGAGAUAGAUCUCCCUCCAUUGUAUGUCAAAUUUGAUAAUCCUUCUUAGAUAUAAAAAGUAAAUAUUAAUGACGAUAUCUCUGCAACUCUCAUUUAUGAUUCGAAAAUAAACUCAGACAUUCUCACAUACGCAGGAGCCAUUCUCUACAAUAAUUUCGUAGUUGGUGUAAUAAAAUUUGAUUACCUGAAAGUUAAAUUUAGAAUUUGGGACUACUUUUCAGAUUUAAAUGUAGUAAACCCUCUUAUCCAAAUAAGAUUCACAGUUUAUAACCCUGAAAAUAUCAUGCCAAGCUUAAGUGUAACAAAUUUUAAAGUAAAUAUUCCUCCUCAAAACUGCUAACUUUCUAUUACUCCUUCAAGCGGUUAAGCAUUAACAACAAAAUUUGUUAUCUCGUUCACUAAUUGUAUCACAAAUAAUAAUCCAUUGACUUAUUAAUUCUUCUACUACAACUAUGAUACUGAUGUAAAAUAAGAAAUAUUAGUUCCAUAAAAGAUUCUAAGAAGAUAAUUGUAAGAUCAAACUCUAACUUCAUCAGUUACUACAUAUCUUCCUUCAGGAAAAUUGAUAAUAAUGGCUUAAGCUAUGGAUUCAUACUUAGCUAUUUAUAAUACCACUUUAUAAGUGGAUGUGGCUACGUUUUAAUAGGACGAGUAAGCACUUCUAAGUUUGUUAGAUUAAGCACUUGCUCUACAAAAUAGUAAUUUUGGGGUCAGUGAUAUUGUUAAAAAUCUUUGUGUGAUCAGUGAAGAAAUAUCUAAAAAUACAAAUAUAUAUAACCUUGACUCUGUUAGCUAAAAAAAGGUGCUUCUAAUUUAAGCAAUAAUAAAUCAGACAAACCUACUUCCUAACUCUUCCUUUUUAUCAACAUUUUCAAAUAAAAUUGUUGCAACUCUUCAAGCUUCUCUCACUUCUACAUAAUCACUUUAGAGUUAAAAUGUACUUGAUUAAGUUAGCUUGAUAUUACAAAACUAAUAAAAAUAAAUUAACAUAAAUAAUAAGCUAUUAAAUAAUAAUGAUAUCGUUCUUUAGAAUUUAGUUGACUCAUUUAAAAUUGUGAAUUCAACAACUCAAACAAUAUCUUUAAUACUGGACCAACUAAGUAAUAAUAAUGGAAAACGAAUUUUGAACGGCAUGAAUUCAAGUGAUGAUGUUUCAACAGAUUACUUAAGAGCUCUUGCAUCUUCCUUACCUUCAAAUUUAUUGCAGUAGUAAAUAAAUAUGGCAGAUUAAAUAGGUAGUAUGUUAAAUAAUAUUACCCUUCCAAACUAAGGUUAGCUCAACUUAAAUGGAAAUUUAAUCUCACUGAAUACUGAGUAAAUAACACCUAAAAACCUCUAAAGAUAUUUGUAUAUGUAAAAUGAACCUCAAUAAAAUGAUACAAAUAUCUAUAAUGUAGUAUUAACUAACUAUACUUCAAACCCUUUCAUUUAAACUGAUGGCUUUCUGCAGUAUACUAAUUAAAUCUAAAAUCAAACUCCAGGUAUCUAAAUAUCUCUUAAUCCAGUUAUUAAACCUUCUAUUUAAAGCAUAUAAAAUGGUCCAAACACUGUUUUUGAUAAUUCCUUUUAACUUUAAUUCUCUAAUAUAAAACCAUCGAAAAAUAAUUUAACUUGCUUGCAAUAGUAAACUACCUAAAAGUGGAGUAAUUCACAGUGUAAAUUGAUAAAUUCUAGCACAUCUGGAAGAUAUACUUGCGUUUGCAAAGAUCAGCAUCCUACAACAAUAAUAGAAGACUUUAAAUUUGUAUUAAGUAAUCAAAAUUUAGAAACUGCUUUUGGAUCAUAAGGUAUAUAAAAUAUCUCAAAAUUUACGACAUUCUAUGAGUAUGCAGUUUUUUGGAUCCUCGGUUCAGCAACUUUACUUCAACUAGGACUAUGUUGGUAUGGUAAGUAGCUAGAUUCUAAAUAAGAAUUCUUAUCUUGUUCUACAAUAGCUCCUUUAUCUUUAGUUAAUAUUGGCCAGAUUGAAUAAAGUGUGUCUUAGGAAAAAUAAAUGUCUCCAAUAAAAAGAAGAAGAAGGAGCAUUCCACAGAAAUCAAAAUAAUUAUCUCCAGAUUUACAGAAUUAAAAUGAUUAAAAUGAGUAGUCAAAUAGAUGGCUCAAAUCAAAUAUGAUUUAAUCUGCAGGUUAAUCAAAUAUAAAUAUUAUUUAAGCUGGAGAUUAAUUAAAUAUUUAAGUUAACUAGAUUACCAAUCAAUAAACCCAAUACAUAUAGUAACAAUAUAAUAAAACACCAUAAUUAGAGUAGGAGAAUUUAAAUUAAAACUAAAGCAUCUUAGAUCUGUGUAUUAAUUAAAAUGAAUAAACAGAUAAAUAAUAAAUCAAAUAAUAAGUUAAAAUUGAUCAAGAGUCAUAAGAAAUCAAAGCAAACUCUAUAGAAAUUUAAAAUUAAUAAAAAAAUGAAGAUGAGUAGAAAAUUUUCAAUAUUGUAAAAGAAUCUAAAAACAGUAAAAAAUUGUAAGAGGCUUCUAUUAUCAAAAAAAUCCUUAUUUUCCACUCAUUUAGCAGUAUAUUCUUUGUUUACAGUAACGAGUAAUCUAGAGCUUUCAGAUUCUCUCUAUUUUAUUUAAGAGUAGUUCACUCACUAUCUAUAUCGAUCAUAUUUGACUAGUCAUAUCAAGAAUAGUAGAUAUUGAUAAUAUCUGGUAUCAAUUUUGUCAUCAUUGUUAUCAGUGUUGCUAUCAUUCAACUUUUAUACAAAAAAAGAAAAAUAGGUAAAGCAAUUGCAUGCAUAAUUAUGAUUGGUUUGCUUGCUCUUUACUACUAUAUCAUUUUAUCUAUUGUUAGUGGCUAAUCAGAAAGUUACUCUAACAGAAAAAUAUCCUCAUUUUUUAUCAUGUUUGGUGUGGAUUUCCUAUUUUUCUCUUCACUAAUUUCUUUAUUUAGCAUAUUUAUCUUUAGCUAUAUCGCAACAGGUGGCAACUCAAAUGGAAUAAUACUUAAAUUAUUAAAUUUAUUAUAAAUAUAAUACAUUUUAGAAAAUAUAAAAUUAUGA